UUACUAGUGUGGUUUUAAUCGCCUCCUGUAGUCCUCUGACUUUACCAGACUAUUCUGCCGACGCAUCUAUACUUUAGAAUAAUUGUACUGUUAAGUACACGUUGAUAUGCUAAAAGCAAAGAAAUGCAAUAUCGCAGUACACUAUGGCUAUGAAGCGUUAACCAAUGAACUGAUAAACGAGGAACUUGGAAUCGCCUAUCCUAUCGUUGAUGGUAUACCCAACAUGAUCCCACAGGAUGCAAGAAUGAUCCACAAAGAAGAACAAACAAGAAAAGACAACACAGCGGACUGAAAUUUUUGUCUAAAGGCCAGUUUUGUGAACUGUGUAUUCAUAUCGGUGUGGUUUAAACAAGUUUUCAAAAAAGAAAAAUGUUCCUGUCAUUAUCUACUCUCACUGUAUUGGUUCCAAUUUUCUCUUUAAUUGGACUGUUUUACUCAGCAACAGUAGAUGAGAAUUUCCCACAAGGCUGUACAAGUACAAACAGUCUAUGCUUCUAUAGCCUCCUGCUUCCAAUAACCAUACCAAUGUAUGUGUUCUUCCAUCUCUGGAAGUGGAUGGGAAUCAAACUUUUCAGACACAACUAAUGUACUGUAUGGGCAAUAAUGCAAGAGCAUCUGUAAUUUGAAACAUUUACAUAAGAGUUUUUUGUUUUGUUUUUUUCUGUCUGGCUACUUCAUUUUAUUAAAUGGUUACCAUACAAAUGUAA